AUGCGGAAUCAAAGUGAUUCACAGUUCCCUUUAUCCCCGCAGAGCAAUAGCGUGGAGAAAUGGCACUCGCGACUGAAACGAGUUCUGCGGGCACUAGUUCAUGAUUUCAAAGCAGACUGGGAGGCAGGUCUACCUGGGGUCAUGUUUGCGUUACGUUCGGUGCCGCACGAAGCAACGGGAUUCAGCCCGGCGGAACUGGUGUACGGACACACACUGAGGUCCCCGAUGAGGCUGUUAAGGGAAGAAUGGGAAAACCAACGUACUGACAACACAGUGAUCGAAUACGUUUUGGACCUUCUGCAGCGGUUGCAAGAUACGAGAGAAAUAGCCGAGGCUAACAUGCGCGACUCACAAAGAAGAGCCAAGACAUAUUAUGACCGUAAUGCGCGCCCUAGAGUGUACAAAGAGAAUGACAAAGUGCUUGUACUCCGUCCUACACGUGCAAACAAGCUUCAGGUUCGAGAUGGACCGUUCAAGGUGGUGCGUAAGUUGUCAGAAACAACCUACAUGGUGGAGCUAAGGGGAAAAAGGAAGGAGAUCCGCACGUAUCACACCAACCUUAUGAAGCCGUAUGUCGAUUGGACGCCUAUUGUCAGUGUAGCGUUACAUAUGCCGGAGGAGCAGCACGCGCCCCGAGUGGGGCGAAAUUGGUUCAUCAAACCCGAGUAUUGA